AGGAUAAGUUUGUUAAAAUGGCCGAGUCAAAAAACGAAACCCCUGUCGAUUACCCUGAGAGUGAUCAAUGUCAUUGUCCGAUAUGUCUAGAGAAGGUAAGAAAUCCGAAAUAUCUACCGUGUUAUCACACAUUUUGUGAGGCGUGUAUUCAGACUUAUAUUUCAAGUACGGCGACACGUAAGGACAAUGAAACAGUAAAAUCAAUCGAGUGCCCAGUGUGUCGUAGAUGUAUCGAGGCUCCGCGGAAUGAUAUUUCAAGUGAAGAUUGGACAUCAGAAUUACCUCAGAAUAAACUUAUACUGACUUUAUCUAUAGACCCUGAGCAAGAUGAUAAUAAAAACUGCAUGUUUUGCAAAAGAUUGGAGAAAACUGUACUUGCAUACCACUGGUGUAAAUCUUGUAUGGAAGCCAUUUGCGAAGAUUGCAAAUCAUUACACAGAGCUGUACCAAGCCUGCAGAAUCAUAAAAUUGUAAAUCUUUCCAACAUCAAGGAGGUGAACAGUGAAAUUGAGAUAGAAGAAUCGUGUCUUUUGCACAAAGGAAAAGUACUUGAUGUCUUUUGCCACGACCAUCAAAAGCUAUGCUGCAGUGUAUGCCUUGUGAAAGAGCAUAAAUUGUGCAAGAAUAUAGACACAGUUGAAGAUAUAGCUCUGGAGAUUGACCGAGAUAGCAUUCAAAAGACUGCUUCAAAAUAUACCGAUUUGGAGAAAACUGUUAACGAUAUUCUAUCAGAAAACCAAAAUAAAGUAUCUAAACUUCAUACCAGAAAACAAGAAAUCUGUUUGGUCACUGAAGAGAAAGUUCAAGAAAUCAAAUCAUUAUUUGACAAUGCACAUGUCAUGUGGCUUAAACGCUUUGAACAGAACCAUGCCGACUCCGUUGGAAACAUCGAAAUUGCUUCCGAGGAGUUGAGACGGUUUUCUACUACAAUACAUGAAGCAAGAACCAUGCUACAAUCAGUGUUGAAGAACGGGUCUUCUAAACAAUUGUUUGUUACAAAUUAUAAAUUACAGAAUCAGAUUUCUGACCACAUCACUCGUUUAAAGUCUUUGGAUGUUUGGAAUUUUCCGGAGGAUUACAAGCAACACAACUCGGAUUUUCUGAGUCAAAUAUCCAAUGCAAAAGAGUUUGAAGACGUGGUGUUGUCUAAACUACAAUCUACGGCAUUGGAGAGAAUUUUAUUAGAUGCUCCAGACAAUGAUGCCAUUGUAAAAAGGAGAAAAACUAUGUCUCAAAACGACUGGAUGAAUGUUGACUUAAGAAAAUUAUCGCAGAUUAAAUUGCCAGAAAGGGCUUAUUAUGGCUUGUUCAUACAUGACACAAAAAUUUUAUUAUCUUUUACUAAUCAACCUUCGCUGAAGAUUUACGAUAUCAGUGCGUCCAAAGGAGAAUGUAUUCACACGGAGAAAUGUCAGAAUGCACCGCAUGACCUCUGUCACUCCGAUUUGAGCUUGAAUGAGAUUUAUGUUUCUUUUGAACACUUUAUAAAUCAUUAUCGAAUUGAUGUUGCAGAAUCUAUUUCAUUCACAAAACUUAGAACAAUUCAGUUGAAAGAACCCGUGUUGGCAAUUGCUCGAGGACCAACUGCAGUGUUUGCUGCCAAUAAUACGAAGAGAAUGAUUUGUUCUUUGGAUUUCCAUAUUAUCCACAGUUCAUCAUAUAACAAGAUUGGAAAUGCACCCUUUGUGUCCUCGUCAUUAAUUUCAGAUCGUUAUGGUUUCGUAGAGAAUGGGAUAGCAGUGGCAAUUGACCAGAAUAACAAAGAAAUUUUUAAAAGUUCUCAGAAUUCAGAUUUCCGUGGACUAUCUUUUGACUUACAAGAUAAUAUUUUGGUGUGUAAUUGGUCAUCUAAACUUAAACAGUUUAAACAAGGCGGAGGUGAAAGUAGAGAUAUUGAUGUGACAGACAUGGCCAAAACUUAUAACGUUGUACUGCAUCCAGCGGGAGAGAAGAUACUGGUGUUAGACUUCGAUAAAAUAUGCUGUGUAUACCAAGUAUCAUAG